GGGAGCCGAAGACAGGAUCCAGGGCAGGCUCUGGAGAGACCCUGGAAGGAAAAUGUUGCUGCUGCUGCUGCUCCUGGGGGCUGCCACGAGCAGAUGUCUACAUGAUGAGACACAGAAGUCUGUCAGCCUUCUCAGGCCCUCUUUCUCCCAACUUCCCCCAAACUUCCGCUCUUCCUCCCUCACCCUCCCUGGCUCCCUGGAUCCUCAACCCCUCCGAAUCCAAAUCUGCUAUAUAGGAGAUCCUGUAUCAGAUGGAGCUUGGGAUCCUGAGGGAGACGGGAUGAGAGGGCGAUCCCGAGCCCUGGCCGCAGUGAGAGAGGCUGCUCAGCGCCUCCAGGGUGUCCUAGCAGUGCGAGGCCCUCUGCUUCUGAGUCGAGACCCUGCACAGUACUGCCACGGUGUCUGGGGAGACCCAGAUACCCCAAACUACCGCAGGUGCAGCCUCUUGAACCCCGGGUACAAAGGAGAGAGUUGCCUAGGGGCGAAGAUCCCUGAUGCCCAUCUCCAUGGUUAUGCCUUGUGGCCAGAGCAGGGUCCCCCACAACUGGUCCAACCAGAUGGGCCUGGGGUCCCAAACACUGAUUUCCUCCUGUAUGUGCGGGUUGCCCACACUUCCAAGUGCCACCGAGAGGUGAGGUUCAAAUGGGAUCCCUUUGCCCUGCUCUGCCUCUCUUGACCUUAAAUAUCAUGGGAAGGGGUAGGGAGCAUAAAAGCAGUUUUUAUUAAAUUGAAGAUUUCUUCCGUGUUACCUCUCUUCCCUCCUUUCCGCCCCCACCUUGUCCUGGCCCAUCCUCAGCCCUCUAUCAUAGCCUAUGCUGCCUGCUGCCAGCUGGACUCAGAAGACAGGCCCCUUGCUGGUACCAUUGUCUACUGUGCCCAACAUCUCACCAGCCCCAGCCUCAGCCACAGUGACAUCGUCAUGGCUACGCUACAUGAAUUGCUCCAUGCCCUGGGUUUCUCUGGACAGCUCUUCAAGAAGUGGCGGGAUUGCCCCUCAGGACCCAGUGUCAGAGAGAACUGUUCUACAAGGCAACAAGUGACAAGGCGAGACGAGUGGGGACAGCUGCUUCUCACCACUCCAACUGUUAGCCACAGCCUGGCCAAACACUUGGGAGUACUAGGGGUCUCACUGGGCGUCCCCUUGGAAGAAGAGCAGGGCCUGUUGUCUUCACACUGGGAGGCCCGGCUGCUCCAGGGCUCUGUGAUGACUGCCACCUUCGAUGGUGCCCAGCGCACUCGACUCGACCCAAUCACCCUGGCUGCCUUCGAAGACUCAGGCUGGUACCAAGUCAACCACAGCGCUGCCGAGGAGCUGUUGUGGGGCCAGGGAUCUGGCCUGGAAUUUGGCCUGGUGAGCACCUGUGGGACCGGCUCCUCAGACUUCUUCUGUACUGGCAGUGGGCCGGGCUGCCACUACCUGCACCUGGACAAGGGAAGCUGCUCCUCAGACCCCACGCUGGAAGGCUGCCGCAUGUUCAAGCCCUUGGCCAACGGGAGUGAAUGCUGGAAGAAGGAAAAUGGAGUCCCACCUGGGGCAGAGAAUCCCCACGGGGAGAUCUACCAUUCCCAGAGUCGUUGCUUCCUUGCCAACCUCACUUCACAAUUGCUCCCAGGGGACCAGAUCAGGCAUCCCUCUCAGAUCCCACACCUAAAGGAAGCAGAGCUCACUGGCCGCUGCUACUUACAUCAAUGCACAGAGAGGGGAGCAUACAAAGUGCAGGUGGAGGGAUCACCCUGGGCCUCCUGCCUUCCAGGAAAGGCUAUUCAGAUACCUGGGUACCACGGUCUUCUCUUCUGUCCUCGGGGUCGGCUGUGUCAGACUAAUGAAGGUACCGAUGCUGCUACUUCCCCAGCUUUGAGUCCUUCAACCCAAGACCUGGUAUUCCAGCUGGCUUUAGGAUCAGCUGGGCCCCCCGCCCACUCCCUGGGGAAGGAAGAGCGAGAAGAGUUGACUGAAGCAGUCCUAAAGGCUCUGGUGAGCAGAGGAGGCACUGGCAGGUGCUACUUCCACGGCCCCUCGAUUACCACUAGCCUGGUGUUCACUGUGCAUAUGUGGAAGUCUCCUGGCUGCCAAGGGCCUUCGGUUGGUAUGCUGCACAGGACCCUGACCCUGACUCUCCAGAAGCAGCCUCUAGAAGUAUAUUAUGGAGGAGCCAGCUUUACCGCAGAAUACAGCAAGUUUCUGGUUACCUCGGACCAUAAUCCCUCCAUGACCCAUCUAGGUCUGUCCAUGGGACUCUGCCUAAUGCUGCUUAUCCUGGUGGGUGCACUGGGAACAGUGGCCUAUCAGAAACGAGCUACUCUUCAGGUGGGACCAUCUGCCCCUUACCAUUCACCAGAGCUCCAAGGCACAAGGGGCCCAGUUGAAGGAAUAAGGGAGGUGUGAUGUUACCCAGAGCAUGACGGGGGUAGGGUAGAGAUUACUGCUUGGGGGACAAGUGGAUGGAAAGUUGAUCUAUUGUCUACACUUAAGUUCUACUUUUCACAGAGUGCCCUUCUCUGGAUAUCCACUUUAUACUAGCCUCGCAAUGAAAAAGAGGUAGAGACUUAUGGUUUUGAAGAUUCAUUCUUUAUUUUGAUACAAAAAAUAAACCCUUUAACC